AUGGAGUUGAAUGUUUGUUGUUGUUUCUUUCAGAUUUCAGACAUUCAAACAAUGAAGAGCAACCAGACAAUCCUGAAGGAAUUCAUUCUUAUUGGCUUUUCUGUGUACCCACAUGUACAGACAUUUCUUUUUGUGGUCUUCUUUUGUCUCUACCUUCUCACCCUUGCAGGUAAUCUGACCAUCAUGGGUCUAACUUGGGUGGACAGGUACCUCCACACCCCUAUGUAUCUCUUCCUUAGUGCACUGUCCUUCUCUGAGACCUGCUACACACUGACUAUCAUCCCCAAGAUGCUGGAAGAUCUACUGGCCAAGGACAGAAGCAUUUCAGUCAUAGGUUGUAGCUUACAGAUGUGUUUCUUCUUGGGUCUUGGUGGCACAAACUGUAUCAUCCUCACUUUGAUGGGAUAUGACCGUUUCCUGGCCAUCUGUAACCCUCUAAGAUAUCCACUGCUUAUGACCAACAUUGUAUGUGGCAAACUUGUGGCCUCUGCUUGCACUGGAGGCUUUUUUGUCUCUCUUACAGAGACUGCACUGAUAUUCAGGAACUCUUUCUGCAGACCCAGCCUUGUCAAACACUUCUUCUGCCAUAUGCGGGCAGUUGUUAGGCUGUCCUGCAUAGACAGUAACCUCACGGAAUUCAUUGUAACACUGAUCUCAGUGUCCGGCUUGCUGGGUACCUUCCUGCUCAUUAUCCUGACUUAUGUCUUCAUUAUUUCCACUGUCCUCAGGAUCCCUUCCACUGAGGGCAAGCAGAAGGCUUUCUCCACCUGUGCCUCCCACCUCACAGUGGUUAUCAUCCACUUUGGUUUUGCAUCUAUCGUUUAUUUGAAGCCAGAAGCCUCAGGAGGAGAUGACACACUCAUAGCAGUCCCUUAUACUGUCAUUACCCCCUUCCUCAGCCCCAUCAUAUUCAGCCUGAGGAAUAAGGACAUGAAAAAUGCUUUCAGAAGAAUGAUGGGAAACACAGUUGCCUUGAAAAAAUAAUCUUAGGUUGUUGCUGCUUGUUUGAAGCAUGGCUCAGUGUCCCCAGAAUUCAGUGAGGGCAUUUAUCCUAUGACACCUGGGGAAGCCUAAACCACUUGCCUUGUUCCAGAGGUUGGGUUAUAAGCAGCAAGUAACUGAGACUGGGAACUAAGUCAUCACAGGCAGCUAGCUUGUUAAGAGAAGUUGUCCAACCCUCUGCUAUCCAGUAUCAGAAGAAGAAUGCCCCUGCAGGUAUAGGAUUCUAAUAAUCAACUUCCAUGUGUCCUGAAUAUUCAUUAAUUGGGUAAAGAGUGUGGAAGGAAAAAAAAAAGCAUAUAAAACCACUGCAUUGAGAGAUGUUUUAAAAUAUCUAAAG